AUGUCCUCGAAGAACCACAAGCAGCUCAUCAUCAAUGCCUUCGCGAUGCAAUCGCCCAGCCAUUUGAACCCAGGCCUAUUCCGGCAUCCGGCUGACAAGGGCGCGGACUACAAGAACAUCAAGACGUGGGUCGCGCUGGCGAAGAAACUCGAGGACGCCAAGUUCCACGCCAUCUUCUUCGCCGACGUCCUGGGCGGCUACGACGUUUACAAGGGCCCCGCCAAUUUAGACCCGACAAUUCCUGCCGCGGCGCAAUUCCCCAUCAAUGACCCUCUGUACAGUAUCCCGGCCAUGGCGGCCGCGACGGAAAGCAUCGGCUUCGGCGUGACGGCUUCCACGACGUAUGAUGCGCCGUAUGCUCUUGCGCGACGGUUCUCAACGGUCGACCACCUGAGCAAUGGGCGUAUUGGGUGGAACAUUGUCACCUCGUACCUGGACUCUGCGGCGCGGAACUUCGGGCUCGAUACGCAGGUCGAGCACGACGAGCGAUACCGCAUUGCGGAUGAAUACCUGGAUGUCACAUACAAGUUGUGGGAGGGGUCGUGGCGGGAUGAUGCCGUGACUUGGAAGGCGGACUCGUCUAAGGCCAAUAGCUCGGUUGCUGGCCAACAAUACGCGGAUCCCCGGGGUGUGCGCCAGAUCAACCACAAGGGGAAGUACUUCCAAGUGCCUGGCCCGCAUCUCUGUGAGCCGAGUCCACAGCGCACGCCGUUCCUGCUGCAGGCGGGGACGUCGACGGCUGGAAAGGCGUUUGCCGCCAAGCACGCCGAAGCGGUGUUCCUUCACGCGCAGAAGCCAGAGCUGGUGCGUCCCUCGGUGGAUAGUAUCCGCCAGCAAGCUGCCGAACUGGGACGAAACCCGCAAGAUAUCAAGGUUGUGGCCGGGGCUCUGGUCAUCGUGGCAGAGACAGAUGAAGCGGCACAGGCCAAAUUCGAGGAGUUCAAGAAAUACGGAGAUCGGGAGGGUGCGCUGGCUCUGUUCGGCGGCUGGACCGGUUAUGAUCUAUCCACGUACGCCGACGACCAGGACUUCCGCUUCGUCGAGUUGCCCGCUGUCAGAAGUAUGGUGAACCACUGGGCUAGCACCGUCCCCGGCACAGAAGGCCUGAAGUGGGACAAGAGGACUAUUGCUGAUUAUCUGGUUCUGGGCGGCAAUGGGGUCAAAAUCAUCGGCAGUGUUAAGACAGUCGCUGAUGAGUUGGAGCGAUGGGUGACCGUUGGUGAUGUGGACGGGUUCAACCUCAGCUAUGCUAGCCUCCCGGAAACCUUUGACGAUAUUAUCGAGCUUUUGCUUCCCGAGCUGCGACGCCGUGGUCUGUUCUGGUCGGACUAUGCGGUCAAAGGAGGAACUUUCCGAGAGAACAUGUAUGGGCAGCGGGGACAGUCGAGACUCCCCGCGGCUCAUCCGGGAGCGCAGUACUUUUGGAAGGCGGGCGAAGAGGUGCCGCCUUACUCAUUGAAUGAGUCGGAAUAA